UUUCCAUUGCUGGAAGGACAUUCCUGAAAUAUCAGCUUUUUUCCCCCCAAAACACAGUGGCUGAGGGCUGAAGGAAGCUCUCCUGCGGUGCGGUGGGAUCUUGGGUGAAGGAGAACCCGUUUCUGAGCAGACUGAGUGAGGGGUACGGCCGGCUGUGGAGUUAUUUCACUUACAGGGUGGAAGAAAAUCCUCUCCCUUCCUUAACUGCAGGCAAGCCUGGAAGAAAAGGAAAACUAAAGAUAAGAGGGUGAGUGGUAAUUGGCUGCUGCUUGACUCCCGGCUCAGCCCUGAACCGUGAAAGAAAUGGCAUCAUGUUUAAAAAGAGAAUCGAAAGCAACAAUAAAAGUAUUUAUAGCUGCACGUACACACGCAGAAAUGAGGGCGCUGGCAGGACGGCGGCAAAGCCGGCGGUUAGGUAUGAUAAAUAAUAAAGAGCUAAAAUGAGCAGCGAAGGAUGCGUCUCGGUGGUUUAACUUGAAGAAGGGAGACUAAUCUGCGGCAGGGGACUUGCUUAAGCUCUAUCCUCAUGCCUGUGCCCUUCACUUAAUAAAUUAAAAGCGUAUUUAUUAAUAAGCAAUGAAACCGGGAUGGUUUCUGGGUGCCAGACCCCAUGGGGAGGCUUGGAGCAGGGGCUACCCCUCCAUUUGCCUGGAUAUAUUUGGGGGGAGGGGGUGUCAUACAGAAGCUGCAGGUGGAUCUCUAACACAUUAUGAAGGAUGUUUAUUUUCCAUUUAAUCUCUUUUCAACCCGCUGGGGUCCCUGGGGAAAGGAGUAUUCUCCCUUCCCCUCUGCAGCUGCUCAGCGCAGCGUUUUGCUCGUCAGCGGUUGCAACCUGGAGAAAACCUGGUGCAUCUCAGCAGCAAAACUCCUCUGCCACUCGCUUUCACCUCCCUCGGGGCCCGAGACACCUGCAGGAAGGGGAGCAGCCAACGGGCAAGACCAGUGGAGGCGGAAAACGAAAGCUGCCCCAUCAUCCUUGCUAACAAGACCAUGGCUGCAGACAGCCCUGCCGAAAGUUUCCGCGACGAAGCCUCCUGCUCCAUCUGCCUGAGUUUCUUCCAAGACCCCGUCUCCAUCCAUUGCGGUCACAACUUCUGCCGGGCGUGCAUCACCCGCUGCUGGGAGGAAGCUGAGGAGAAUUUUGCCUGCCCUCAGUGCAAAGAGACGGCCCCGCAGAGAAACCUGAGACCCAACCGGGAGCUGGCAAAAAUCAUUGAGAUAGCCAAGCGGCUGAGCUUGCAGGCAGCCAAAGGAGGGGCCGGGGGGGAGAGGCUGUGCGAGAAGCACCAGGAAGCUCUGAAACUCUUCUGCGAGGAGGAUCAGACCCCCAUCUGCCUGGUCUGCAGAGAGUCCCAGGCUCACCGGGUCCACGCCGUGGUGCCCAUCGAGGAGGCUGCGGAGGAGCACAAGGAGAAAUUCCAGGCUCACGUGCAGAUCCUGAAGGACAGGAGAGAAAAGCUGCUGGGGCUGAAAAUGGCCGAGGAAGAGAAAAGCCUAGGCUUCCUCGAACGAGUGGAAAUGGAGAGGCAGAAGGUUGUGUCUGAAGUCAAGGAGCUGCACCAGUUCGUGGAGGGACAGGAACGAGUCCUCUUGGACCGGCUGGCAAAGCUGGACCAGGAGAUCAUGAAGAGACAGGAGGAGAACAUCAAUAGGCUCUUGGAGGAGAUCUCCGCCAUCGGCAAGCAGAUCUGUGAAUUGGAGGAGAAGUGUCAGCAGCCACCGUGUGAAUUCCUGCAGGACAGCAGAAACAUCUUGAGCAGGCUUGAGAAGGACGGUGCCCAAAAGCCAGCAGAGACAUCGCCUGAGCUCGGGGAGAAACCCACCGGUCUUCUUCAGAAAAAUAUUGCCCUCAAAGAGACACUGAUGAAAUUUCAAGUAAGUCUGACGCUGGAUCCAGAGACGGCGCAUCCCCGGCUCGUCUUAUCCGAGGAUCGCAAAUGCGUGAGAUGGGAAGACACCCGCCAGCCCGUGCCCGACAACCCCAAGCGUUUCGACUCGUCUCGCUGCGUCCUGGGCUGCGAGGGUUUCAGCACGGGGAGGCAUUACUGGGAGGUGGAGGUGGGCGAUGGGGAAGCCUGGGCUGUUGGGGUGGCCAAGGAGUCGGUGAGGAGGAAGGGACGGAUCAGCGUCAACCCCAAGGUGGGCAUCUGGGCGGUGGGGCAGUGCGGGAGCCAGUACCAGGCUCUCACCUCUCCUACCGUCCCCAUCAACCUGCUCGCUGCCCCCAAAGUGAUUGGGAUUUACCUGGAUUACGAGGCGGGGCGAGUGGCAUUUUUCGACUCCAAUAACGAGGCACCCAUCUUCACCUACCCCCCGACAUCCUUUGCAGGGGAGCAAAUCCUCCCCCUGCUCUGCCUAGGGAGGGGGUGCCAGUUCACGCUCUCCCCUUGACCCCCUGCCAUGGUACAGCAUCCACUCAACCCUCACUCGCUGAGGUCUGGGGAGGCGGUGGGGGCUCGUCACCCCAGAGGUGGCUUUUGGUAGCAUGAAGAAUGAGCUGUCCAGGAUGGAAAAUUCUGUUUUUCCAACCAUUUAUGUCAGCAAGAAGCAUCAGUUGGUUCAGAGCUUGUAGAGGAGGGGGGGAUGCUCUGCUGCCCCCCCAAAAAACUUGCAUUGUUCUGUCAUCGGGUAGCUUUGCUGGCGAUGCUGCCCUGGUGCAUCCAUGUCCAAAAACCCCUUCUAAAAACCUCUGUGUCGGAGGACAGGGAUAGAACUGAGCCGAACACGCGUUAAGCUGGUUCCCAGUUUCUCUCCCUCCACGUUCUCCGACUGACCGUGCAUCCCUGCUGUUUGCUGGACCCUUUCUUUUUUGGCUCACCGAGCUUUCAGCCGCGCUGACUGAGCGUAGAUGCUGUAGACGAUGAUGCAAAAACCUGGAGGACUUCAUGAUGGCUUCAAAACUUAUGCAAUUGCUGGCAAAGUGGUAAUAAUCUAAUCCAAGGGUGAGAUAGGCAAGACCUGACCUGGUGGAGGGGUACUUUAAGUCACCAGAAGUACCUGCAUCCCUGGUGUGAGCUUGCGUUGGAUCGGUGCUUCAUGCUGUGUGAUGUCCACACCUUUGGACAUCGUAAGGACUCAGCUCUCUGUACGCAGCUGUUCAGGCUACGAUGCCUCCAGGAUCAGCGGAGAACGGUGGCAAAUUUUAAUUCAUCUCAUCUAGAAAUGACUCGACAAGUAGGAGUAUUUACUUCUCUGAUUACAGAGGGAGCCCAGAUUGAUUAGACGGCAUGGAGACAUGUCUCCUGCCGAUGCCUAAAACCAGGAGAAAUAAAUCCUUCCCAAGGCAGAAUUGGCUUUAACCUCUUAUGGAGCCUCGGGCUGAGCUGUUGCCUAAUGGAUAUUUGGGGGCGUGAGGAGGAACCCAGGAGGGACGGAGGGUGCUCACGGGAGCAUUUCCCAGGGGCUGGAGUCAGUGUUUUCAGAUAUUCUAAACUGAUUGUACAGAUGCGCCUUUGAUCGCUUGAAAAGCUUGGUUUACCUCAGCUGCCAAACGCAAACUAUGGAAAUGAGAAUAAGA